AGAUAACCAAGCAUCAGUCAGUACUGAACUCUCUUCAUGACUCCCCUGAAACAGAACUGGACUAAAGUGAAAUAACGUUAAUGCAGUCGCCACAGGUCGUUUUUGAACAUUAAACUGUAAACACCGAUUUUGGAGUCAGUGCAUGAAGGCAUCACAAGUUGAGCAGCUCCCAGUUGCAAAAGCAGACUGACGAUCCAGCUGCUGUGCGUGCGAGCGUGUGCGCCGACAUGGAUACAGUUGGCUUUUACUGUUGAAACUGGACACAUUACAGUGGCAGGGUGACAGUGGAGGACUUCAAAGAGCGGUAAAACUUCUUCCACGGCCGCACUCAUGUGAUUUCCCCUUGUUUGAGCCAUGUCCAAGAGCCUGAAGAAGAGGAAAAACCACUGGACUAACAAAGUCCACGAGAGUGUCCUUUGCAGAAAUGAGGAGGGGGAGCUGGGGCUGGAGUUGAAGGGCGGCGCAGAGAAUGGACUGUUCCCGGUUAUCGGCGAGCUUCUCCCGGGCAGAGCCGUCUGCCACAGCGGCAAACUCUGCCAGGAUGAACUCCUCCUGGAAGUCAAUGAUACCCCAGUGGCUGGACUCACCACCAGGGACGUCCAUGCAGUGGUUAAACACAGCAAAGACCCCGUCCGAGUCAAGUGUGUCAAACAAGGGGGCGUGAUAGACAAGGACCUGCGCCACUACCUCAACCUGCGCUUUCAGAAAGGCUCGGUGGACCACGAGCUGCAGCAGAUCAUCCGGGACAACCUCUACCUCCGCACCGUCCCCUGCACAACCAGACAGCCCAAGGAAGGAGAGGUCCCAGGGGUGGAUUAUAAUUUCGUGACCAUUGAUCGGUUUAUGGAAUUGGAGAAAAGUGGAGCCCUGCUAGAGAGCGGAACAUAUGAAGAUAACUUUUACGGUACCCCGAAGCCUCCGGCCGAGCCCAGCACUCUGCUGCUAAAUGUAACGGACCAGCUGCUGCCGGGCGCCAGACCCACCUCCGAGGGCAAGAGGAAGCGUAACAAGUCGGUCAGCAACAUGGAAAAAGCCAGCAUCGAGCCCCCUGAGGAGGAGGAGGAGGAGAGACCCGUCGUCAAUGGCAACGGUGUAGCUGUCACCCCAGAGUCGAGCGAACAUGAGGACAAGAGUACAGACGCUUCGGGGGACAUUGCCCCGCAGGGUAUCCUGGCGGAGGCCCCACCUGAGGCGCCUAAAGACGACGGACAGUCCCCAAAAAUGACACUACCCAAACCAGAUGAGAACGACGAGCUAGGGCCCCUGCCAGACAACUGGGAGAUGGCAUACACCGAGAAAGGAGAGGUCUACUUCAUAGACCACAAUACCAAGACAACAUCGUGGCUGGACCCGAGGCUAGCCAAGAAGGCAAAGCCGCCCGAGGAAUGCAAAGAGGAUGAGCUUCCGUACGGCUGGGAGAAAAUCGAUGACCCCAUUUACGGCAGCUACUAUGUUGACCAUAUAAAUAGAAGGACUCAGUUUGAGAACCCAGUCCUGGAGGCUAAAAGGAGACUCCAGCAGCAGCAGCAGAUGCAAAGCCAGGGACUGUCCUCACUGCCCCUUCCCACCAUCUACAGAGUGGAGGAUGCCAGCCCCUGUGCCCCCCUCCCCAGAUCCCCCCUCGUUCAGGUCGGCUCGGUGCCCGUGCGCUGCCACAGCCUCAGCGACCUCUCCCGCUCGCCAACUCUGGGUCGCAGGGCUGCUGCUACUUCCUCGUCCGCCGACGUCUCCCCGCUCCGGCGUGUCCUGACCCGGCGGAUGAAUACGUGCCCCCACCAGCCGCUGCGGCAGCCACUUCACACCUCCGCCUGCACUGUGGUGCUAGAGCAGCCUGUCUGUAGCCCCUUCUCCCUGUGGCACUUUGUCAAGAAGCCGCUGUUCACGCGGGACCCCACUCAGUUGAAAGGCAGUUUCCUGUCCACAUCACUCCAAAAGAGCAACAUGGGCUUCGGCUUCACUAUUAUCGGAGGCGAUGAGCCUGACGAAUUCCUCCAGGUCAAGAGCGUUAUCCCCGAUGGGCCUGCCGCAGCUGAUGGAAAGAUGGCCACAGGUGAUGUCAUUGUCUACAUCAACGAUGUGUGCGUCCUGGGCACCACCCACGCCGAUGUGGUCAAACUCUUCCAGUCGGUGCCAAUUGGCCAAAGCGUCACCCUUGUCUUGUGCCGUGGAUACCCUUUGCCCUACGACCCAGAGGAAGCUGCCAACACCAAUAACAACACCACCAUCAUCUCCCCGCUGGGCAUCAUGGAGCAGCGGCCCAUCAUGGUGAACGGCAGGACGGGCUACGACAACUACCUGGACUAUCUCUCCCGCACGGCGCGCUUCGUCACAGACCCCGGUCAGGACCAGGUCAAUGCCCAGCAGCAGCUGCUCACCCCUCACCCAGGUGACACCCACUUGGACGGCUCGCUUCCUCCCACCACUGGCACCACACCUCCUGACAGCGUCUCCAUGGCGUCAUCGGGGGCGACCCAGGGCGAACUACUGACGCUGACAAUGGUGAAGGGCACGGAAGGUUUUGGCUUCACUAUCGCUGACAGCGCUACGGGCCAGCGAGUCAAACAAGUGCUAGAGCCUCUGGGCUGCCCGGGUCUGUUUGAGGGUGACCUGAUCGUGGAGAUUAAUAAGCAAAACGUGCAGGGAUUCGGACACACCCAGGUGGUGGAGCUUCUUAAGGAGUGUGCCGUGGGAGCCGAGACCAGCCUGGUGGUUCAGAGAGGUGGAACAGGUCACUAUUCACCCUGGAAGACCCCUAAGCAGGUGCUGGAGCAGUGGGAGUCCCAGCAGGGCCAGGGCAGCCCUGCUCAGACCAGCCUGUCAGCCCCCGUUAUUCCCCACAACACCCCCUUCCCAACACACCAUCUCCACAGGGCCUCUGUCCCAGACUCAGCCUCCGAGGCCUUGGCCCUGGCUAAACCAGACCCUUAUGACCUUUAUGAGAAGUCCAGGGCUAUCUAUGAGAGUAGGCAACCUGGCCAAACGAGGGCAGUUUUUCCUGUGGACUCCUCAGGAGCAGAGUAUCAGGACAUAGAGGUGCACCUGCGCAGGCAGAAGUCCGGCUUCGGUUUCCGGGUGCUGGGCGGGGAUGAGGCAGGGCAGCCUGUGAGUCCGGAGACGUGUGAGAAGAUCUUGAUCGGGGCGAUCAUCGAGAAGAGUCCGGCAGACCUUGAUGGGCGCUUGCGGCCCGGUGAUGAGCUGCUGUUUGUGGACGGGAUCCCGGUUGUGGGGAAGCCGCACAGAUACGUCAUUGACUUGAUGCACGGGGCGGCCCGAAACGGCCAGGUGAAUCUGGUCAUCAGGAGGAGGGCUCAGGCAGCAGGUGAGUCCUUCCCGGAGAACGGCCGUAGCCCUGGCUCUGUCUCCACGCAACACAGCUCCCCACACAGUGACUUCACCUAUGGCAACAGCACCAGCACUACCCAGACACCCAACGCCAACAUGGGCAACCCAGCCGCCGCUUCAGACAGGACGUCGACCCCCAACACACAACCCAGUGAUGUCAUCAUCAAUCGAAAGGAGAGCGAAGGCUUCGGCUUCGUCAUCAUCAGCUCGCUCAACAGGCCCGAGGCGGCCGCCACCAACACUGUGCCGCAUAAAAUUGGCCGCAUCAUUGAGGGCAGCCCGGCCGACCGCUGCGGGAAGCUGAAGGUGGGAGACAGGAUACUGGCAGUGAACAGCCAGUCCAUCGUCAACAUGCCGCACGCCGACAUCGUUAAGCUGAUCAAGGAUGCGGGCCUCAGCGUCACCCUGAAGAUCAUACCCCAGGAGGAGAGCAGCAAUCCCCCAUCAGCCCCUAGCUCUGAGAAACAGAGCCCCAUGGCCCAGCAGCACAGCCCGAAGACCCAGCCAAGCACCACUGCCUCACUGCCCAACCCAGCAGUCACAGAGCCCGACCCUUUGGUUAACCAGCCCAAUCUCAUGCCUCACCAGAGCCCUGUGACCCAGCUGCCCGCCCCUCCUCCUCAGACCUACACCCACGAGAGCAGUUACAGGUCAGAGGUGAAAGCAAGGCAAGAUGUUAAACCGGACAUCAGACAGCCGCCAUUCACAGAUUACCGGCAGCCGCCGGUGGACUACCGGCACCCUCCUGUGGCAGACUACAGGCAGCCACCCACGUUGGACUACAGACACCCGCCACUGCUCGACUACAGACAGCUAGCUACUGACACCAGGCAGUUCACCAUCCCGGACUACCGAAUGCCACCAGUUCAACUUUCACAGGACUUCGACUUUUUCACAGUGGAGUUGGAGAAAAGUGUGAAAGGCUUUGGUUUUAGCAUCCGCGGAGGGCGGGAGUACAAGAUGGACCUGUUUGUCCUACGCCUGGCAGAGGACGGACCGGCCAUCCGCAACGGGAGGAUGAGGGUUGGGGACCAAAUAAUUGAGAUCAAUGGAGAGAGCACCCGGGACAUGACCCACGCCAGGGCCAUCGAGCUGAUCAAGUCUGGAGGCAGACGCGUCCGUCUCCUCCUAAAGAGGGGUACGGGGCAGGUCCCAGAGUACGAUAAUGCCGCCCCAUGGGAUGCCUGCCCUUCAGCCUCCCCAAGCCUGUCGGAAAUAGCCCCUCCCAUCGACAGCCUUUCCAUGUCAUCGCCUUCAUCUCAUCUGGCCCCGGCCCCCGACCCACCUCAUCUGCCGCCUCUGGACGUCCCUCAAGACCCGGUGGCACGAGACAGCUGGACGGAGCGUUCGAAGAGCCCCCAGAAGGCAGAGCUGCUAAAUCCAGAUCCGAUCAGCCAGGGGAGAAGAGCGGCUAAAACCGGCGGGAGCGGCAGAGUCAAGAAGGAGGGUGGCAGGUCCACCCACAAGGGGCACAGGGUUCAGCCCCCUACUGAGGGGGAAGUGGGCAAGGAGUGGCAGAGCGGGGAGCUCAAACCUUCCAGGAGCACCAGAGGGAGGUCCAAGGAGAGAUUUACUGAGGACAACAGAGAAUGCACCGAAUCUCCCAGCAGCUCCAAGCUCCCGCACACUAACGGGAACAGCAGGGAAGAUGUGGAACGUUACAGUGGAGGGCAGCAGGUGGAGUCGGAGCAGAGCAGACCCAGGCCCAGGGAACUGGACAGGGGCCUGGGAGAGAGCCGGCCCAGCCUUCCCAACAAGAGCAGCAGCGGCAGCGCAGCAGGGAGGAAGGCUACGGUCUCUCCUGGGCCUUGGAAGAUUCCUGGAUCAGACAAGCUGGCCAGCACACUGCACACAGGCCCGUCCACGCUGAGCAGAUAACACCGCGGCUCCAGCAGGAGGCAGUGGCCAAACUCAGCUAAACUAAACCACUGCAUGUGGACCAAACCACCAUCCUCACACCUUCCUGUGCUCCUUUAGCACCACCCCCCCCCCCCCCCCCUCCAUCCCGUUCAACCAUAGACCACAGAGUCCGAAGCCAAGGGGGGCAGGGUGAUCUGGACCACGUGUUUUUAGAGUUUUAUUUAUGAUAUUGUACUCUAAAUUAUUUUGAGAAAUAUUUUACACCCACCACCUUAAGAACUGGAAAAAAUCAUCCACUUUAAAAAAGAAAAGAAAAAAAAGAAUGGAAGAUCAAGUGGAAUGUGUGUUUAGCGUGGCGAGGAAUCGUUUGGGCGGCAAAAAACUUUAAAGAACUCUAUUUUGAGUUCUCCUCAAGCAGAACUGGGGGACGAACAUGCAAAUAUAGACAACUGACAGUUGUGAUUGGAUUUUUUGAUAUCCAGUAUAUAUAUAUAUAUAUAUAUAUAUAUAUAUAUAUAUAUAUAUCUCUUCACAAUUUAUGAAAUGUGAUGUUAAAAAGAAAGUUUGCCUGUUUUUGAUGAGAGCGAAUGGAACAAUGAGUGACAGCAGAGAUGAAAUCUACUCAUCAACAGAACUUUGCCUUAACAGAGACUGUAUGGGCCUGAAUCUAUCUUGAAUCUAUCAGAUGAUUAUAGACAUAUAUAUUAUAAUGAAUAUGAAUAUGUGGGAUCAUUUUGUAAAUAAGAUCAUCUUUAAGAGAACAGAACCUUAGUUGAGCAUGAUGGAAAUUGUAGUCCAUGCGUGACAUGGAGCAGAAUUUUCACCACACCAACUUCUCCCUCUUCUACACUCCCGUUGAGCCCUGUGAUUACAGUUUGGGCUUUCGGCAGGCCUGCUGCGGUUGUUUUCACGAUCAAUUUGCGCUUGAAUCAUCCCGAGUUGAGCAGGGGUCAAUCCAUUUUUUUUUUUCAUUUGCUGUGCUUAACGAACAAAGCAAUCCGCGGCAGUGGUGUCCAGCCGGACGGUAAAAGGAGGAGCUCGCGUGAUAUUGGCCGAGGGGCUGAGUGCCUUAGACUGACAGAGAGGUUGGCUUUUAAGUCCUGGUUCAAAACAGGCUGCUAUACAACAUCCACUUUACAGAUAUAAAUAAUAAACUGUAUUUUUCCAGCUACGAGUGGGAUAAAGUGAAAUAUAUAAUUUAUUUCACAGGCAUAUGUGUUAAGUAAGUCUAUUGUCAGAGGUAUUGACGAUCUUUAUUUGUGCAAGUGGUUGAUUUUGGGUCAUGAUAGUUUUCAUUAUGUCUGACACUAGUCAUUUCCUUGAUAACUUCUCAUCUGAGAUGGUGUAUUCAAAUGUCAGCACAGAGCAGAGCUUUGCACCCAUAACAAAAAUCUGAGAUUAAGUUGUCGAGGAGUCAAUCUCACUUGUCAAAAGCUUGCACGACUAACAAACUGUGACUUGAACGAAUAAAUGCCCUCAAUUUGAAAAUGAAGCAUUUCCAGAUUGGCUGAGAAGAGGUUGCACCUGUCACAGCAACUGUCAGCGGCUGAACUUGAUUUGUUUUAGGUGAAUCUGUCAACACUGUGUGAUAUUAACAAGUCCAUCUCCACGCCAAACUCCCUGUAGAUUAGAUACAUUUUCAGGAUACCUGCCCCAGAAUUGCAAGCAGUUUGAUGUGUACAUGUGUACACUUAUGCAACCUGACAAUUGACCUUUCCUAAAGCGUGCCCCCCCUUAGUUGCUGUUGCUAUGCCUGUCAAGCUUUCUGGCACGACCCACGUGCGGUUUACAAUGUUAACAGUGGCAAAAUUUACAACUCAGAAUUGUUUGUAAUUUUUUUGAAAAAAUGGGUCCUUGUUUUCAGAAAGAAACUGAUGAUUUUGGCAGCUGAAAGGACAACUGUCCCUGGCAGAUUGUAUCAGCAGUAGCUAGCAAGCUAAUUAAGCUAAUGUUUAGCUCCAUGUUGGUUGGAAACUGACAAAUCUUACAACCAAAAAGGAUCCUAAAUAUCUACUUGAUGGUUACUUUUAUGAUAUGGUGCUGAAAGAGGGUAAAGCUCAUGGAUGUAUUAUAUUAAUGGUAAUGUCCCAGCCAAAACGUUAGCGUCCUCACCAGUUAAUGAUCAUUUAGUCUGCAUCAACAGAAGCAUAUUUCCAGGAUAAAGGCUGACGCGUGAGCUGGACGUCAGGGUGUCAGGAUGUCAUCGUGCAAUAAGGCAUGCCUGCUUGGAUGUUGGUUCUGAACAGUAAACUUCAUUUAAUAUUUUAUGUGGCGUUUUCUUUUGCGGGGUUCAAAUGUUUCACCAAAACAAGUUCAUUCCCGAGACCUUUUUCCAGAGCCACCGUCGCUGCGUGCGGAGUGUAGCACCACCCGAGACGUUUGUGAUUGGUUUAAAGCAAUGCAAACAACUCAGAGCAUUUUCAUAGGAUGUACUGUAUCCGUGUUGUAGCAGCAAGACCUUACUCCACAACGCUGUGGAGAUAGGUCUGGCAACGCGGUCUAAUGAUCCAAUAGCGGACACGCAUUGUUCUUUUAUUGCAGGGUAGGAAGCUAAUUAGUAUUUUAGUACCUAAAGAAUUUAAGAUCAGACUGUUAUUUCAUUCUCAUAUAACACGGUUUGGCUUUUUUGUAUAAAACAGUAUGUUUUUACUUUUAUCGUUACAAGAGGAAAGUCUUUUAGGAUGAGGACUUACUGAUGAAGUUGGCAAAUGCUCUCUUAGGUAAUGUACGCUGGAGUUGCUAGAAUGUCACUCCAAUAAAGAGCAGGACAGAGCUGCUAACUAGCUAAUGAACAAGCAGGACGCGCUAACGGUUGCAGCUCCCAUUAAAGCAGACACUGUUCAGUCCUUUUCUUACACUUCAGCUCCUGUGAUUUGGGUUUUGGAAAUGAAGAAUAUGCUGAUAAUUACUUGUGCGCACUGCUUCAAAAUGUGGAGUAAUACCAAGUUUAACGGGCCUGCAGUCCAUAGUUACAGUUGCUAAGUUGUGAUUGAACACUUGAUGUUCGGGGCAGGGUUUUACGCAAACUCUCAAUUUUUAGAUCAACAAAUCUUUUCAGCAUCUGCACCCUCUCUGCAGGUGUGACAACUCUGAGCGGCAGUUUUUCCUCUGCAGGAGCUAACAACAGAAAAAAUAAGCCCAGAAGAAAAGUCAAGGAAGAGCACAAGGAGCAAAAUCAUUAUGUUUGUCAUUGUAAUUUCCAAUUACACAAGGAAUAAGCUGCUGACUUUAAAGCGUUUUCAGGACCUUCAAUCGCUUGUAGAUCAAUAUAAUAAGAAAAGGGCCCAAAACUAAAUUUGACAUUUGGUAAACUAAAGUUUACAAAUGCUACCUACAUACUGCAACAUCAGUCAUGCAUCAUUUGACUAGAGUGCUUCUUCUUUUUUCAGUUUGACACAAAAACAAAAAAUGUGCGUAUUGUUGCUCAACAUUUGCACAACUCACUACUUUCCACAUCUGAACUGUCUCCAUUGAGUCAAAUUGUAAGUAGUUUGCUAUGGAAAACAAAAAGAACAAAAAAAACAAACAUCUAAAGGUGUAAAAAAAAAAAAUUAUAAAAUGUGUGUGUUAAAAUAACAGCACGCGCUACACCAUAAACUCCCACCCAAGCGGCUCAGUAUCACUGUGUAGUGUUAUAGCAGUGUAUAGACCCUGAACCAAUAUCUCUAUAAAUAUGAAUCUGUGUACUAUUGAUGGUCACAAAGACUAAGUGGUGCAACUAUUUUUUAAUGAAAUGCAACACUAUGGAUAUAUUAACUUUUGCAAAAAUCUUGUUUACCUGUAUGAUAUUCUGAAACGCUGUCAAAAUAAAAGAAAAUCUUGACACAACAUGAAAG